AUAUGGCCUAUAAUACUAAUCGCGGUCAGCAAAUUUUACUCCCGUCAUACAAAACCCACUUUGAUUACGAAUCCAAAACCCAAAACCCGACCCAGAACCACCGCUAUGGCAGAGUCUUGCCUACUGGGGCGAGUGUUCCACCGCGCUCGACGGUUCUCCGACGAAGUCAAGAUGCUGUAUUCAGGCUUUUAUCAGUGUCGAUGCUACUACGCCACCGCAGCAGCGGAUGCACAAGGCUUUAAUAAUAAUAGUGGGAAUGAAAGCAAGAAAGGCAAGUGGUUCACUCUACCACCCUUCAAUCCCACCGUUAACGGCGCUGCUUUAGGGAAGGAACUUGCCGGAGUUAAAAUGGGCAAAUCCACUAACACUUUGACAGCACUCAAAUGGGUUCAUCGUUGCUGCCCGGAGUUGCCGCAGUCACUAGUACAGAAGCUUUUUCGCUUAAGACAGGUUCGAAGAGAAUCUUCUGAUGUUGAAGUACAGCGGCCCAAGAGGGUUGCUGCCAAGGAGCCAAUGAACAUUGGGGAUCGAAUAUUUCUUCCAAUAACUGUUCAGAAGUUUCCCUCCGAUAAAGUAACGGAUUACCCUUCUAGUGAAGAAGAAAUGAAGUUUCUUCAUAGCCUUGAAUUGUAUAAGGAUCCAGAAAUUAUUGUUCUCAAUAAACCUCCAGGACUACCAGUUCAGGGUGGAAUUGGCAUAAAACGAAGUUUAGAUGAACUAGCUGCUAAGUAUAUGAAAUUUGAGUACUCAGAGGCCCCUCGCCUGGUACACCGACUUGAUAGAGAUUGUAGCGGAAUAUUGGUGAUGGGAAGAACACAAUUAAGUGCUUCAGUUCUGCAUUCUGUCUUCCGUGAGAAAACAUUUGGCACACAAACUGAGGAUCUUGAAAGCAAGAAAAGAGUUUUGCAGAAGAGGUACUGGGCACUUGUCAUAGGAUGUCCCAGACGCUCCAAAGGGGUGAUAUCAGUACCACUGGCAAAGGUGGUGUUGGACAAUGGAAAAUCUGAGCGCAUCACAAUUAUGUCUGAUGUCAGAGAACCAUCAGCACAGUUUGCUGUAACAGAGUAUCGGAUCAUUGGAUCCUCUGAGAAAGGUUGCUUCUGAAUGCCAACCAUUUUUUUGUUGAGAAGGUCUUUUGAAUGCUAACAAAUACCUGUAUAAAUGAAAGCGCAGAACUUGAUAGAUGGAAUGUGGCAGGAUAAUCUUUGUUUAACCUGUGAAUAGUGAAUACAUCUUCUAAUUAAGAAACUUCUAACACGGAGAAGUUUCUACAAGAGCUCUUGUUGUAAUUCUUCUUUUGCUAUG